GAGCGGCGGCGGUGGCGGCGGCCGCGGGGCCAGGCGAGCAUGUAGCGGCCACGGGCGACGCGGGGCUCCCGGGGCGGGCCGGGCCGCGGGGGCCGCUCGCGGCGACAUGGACGAGGAGGGCAAGAAGGGCAAGAAGCCCGGGAUUGUGUCGCCGUUUAAGCGAGUAUUCCUUAAGGGUGAAAAGAGUAGAGAUAAGAAAGCCCACGAGAAGGUGACAGAGAGGCGCCCUCUGCACACGGUGGCGCUGUCCCUGCCUGAGCGCGUGGAGCCUGACAGACUGCUGAGCGACUACAUUGAGAAGGAGGUGAAGUACUUAGGUCAAUUAACGUCCAUACCAGGAUACCUGAAUCCCUCCAGUAGGACCGAGAUCCUGCAUUUCAUAGACAAUGCAAAGAGAGCCCACCAGCUCCCCGGACACCUGACCCAGGAACAUGACGCUGUGAUCAGCCUGUCUGCCUACAACGUCAAGCUGGCCUGGCGGGACGGGGAAGACACCAUCCUCAGGGUCCCCAUCCACGACAUCGCCGCUGUGUCCUAUGUGCGGGACGACGCCUCGCACCUGGUGGUCCUGAAGACAGCCCAGGACCCUGGCAUCUCCCCCAGCCAGAGUCUGUGUGCAGAAAGUUCCAGAGGCCUCCCCGCAGCCUCCCUGUCAGAGAGUGGAGUAGGGCCUGUGGAGGCGUGCUGCCUGGUAAUCCUGGCGACGGAGAGCAAGGUUGCCGCCGAGGAGCUGUGCUCCCUGCUCGGGCAGGUCUUCCAGAUCGUGUACACAGAGUCCACCAUCGACUUCCUGGACCGAGCCAUAUUCGACGGGGCCUCCACACCCACCCACCACCUGUCUCUCCACAGCGACGACUCUUCCAGCAAGGUGGACGUGAAAGAGCCAUACGAGACGGAGGUUGGCACGUUCUCCUUCCCUGAGUGCGCGCAUGCAGGCGGCGUCUCGCCCUUGUCCUUCUGUAUGCAGACGGCGCCCCACGCCAAGACAGUCAGUGAGAGCGAGCUGAGCGCCACUGCCACCGAGCUGCUGCAGGACUACAUGCUCACGCUGCGCACCAAGCUCUCCUCGCAGGAGAUCCAGCAGUUCGCUGCACUGCUGCACGAGUACCGGGAUGGGGCCUCAGUGCACGAGUUCUGCAUCAACCUGCGCCAGCUCUACGGGGACAGCCGCAAGUUCCUGCUGCUUGGUCUGCGGCCCUUCAUCCCGGAGAAGGACAGCCAGCACUUUGAGAACUUCCUGGAGACCAUUGGGGUGAAGGAUGGCCGGGGCAUCAUCACCGAUAGCUUCGGCAGGUACCGGCGGGCGCUGAGCUCCGCCUCCACCUCCACCUGCACCGGAAAUAGGGCCACGGGCAGCUCAGAUGACCAGUCCGCGCCCUCAGAAGGGGACGAAUGGGACCGCAUGAUCUCGGACAUCAGCAACGACAUUGAGGCUCUGGGCUGCAGCAUGGACCGGGACUCCGCCUGACCCUCUACUGUGAAGGACGUGCCCCGGGGCGCUGGUGCAUGGGCCUGCCCCCGGAGGGGUCCUGGGGGGGCCCUUUGGUUUUGCACACGACAUUUCUGUCGAAACUCUGAGAACUUUGAAGAAGUUUACCGCGAUGUGAAUGAUUCA